CUGGCUGUCAGUUAGAGGGCUGACACCGAGCUGGGCACCAGCUGCAUCACCAGCAUGGCACUCCAGGGCUAGGACACCUCACUGCUGGCUCUCUGGCUGGGUAAGGCUGCCAACCACAGCUUGGCGGCACCCUUCCACCAUGCCUGAAGACGGCGCCCCCGACGCGAGUCCUCCGGAGGCCCCAGAGAAGGAAGCGCAGCAUUAUGUCAACCAGGACGGGCAGAAGAUUUUCUGCAGAUACUGGAAGCCGGAAGCACCGCCAAGGGCUCUGGUGUUUGUGGUCCACGGCGCUGGAGAGCACUGCAACCGAUAUGACGACCUGGCGAGACUCCUGACCGGCCUGGAUUUCCUUGUGUUUGCCAACGAUCACGUUGGCCACGGGCAGAGCGAAGGUGACAGGAUGAUGGUUUCCGACUUCCAUGUCUUUGUCAGGGACGGCCUUCAGCACGUGGACCUCAUGCGGAAGGAGCACCCCAACGUACCGCUGUUUAUCUGUGGACACUCCAUGGGGGGCGCUAUUAGCAUUUUGAUGGCCAAUGAAAGGCCAACUGAUUUCUCUGGCUUGAUCCUGAUAUCACCGCUGGUGUUGCCUAACCCGGAGUCGGCGUCUUCUUUCAAGGUGUUUGCAGCUAAAAUCCUAAACCACGUUCUGCCAAAUUUGUCCCUCGGCGGUAUUGACCCCAAUUGUUUGUCUCGGAAUAAACAGGAGGUGGAGUGUUAUGUCACCGACCCCUUGGUCUACCAUGGCGGGCUGAAGGUUGCCUUUGGAGUGCAGCUCCUGAACGCCACGGCCCGGGUGGAGAAGGCACUUCCACACUUCAGGCUGCCCCUGAUAUUGUUUCACGGCACCGCCGACAAGCUUUGCGAUUUCAAAGGCUCUCAGUUCAUGAUGGACACCGUCCCCAGCGAAGAUAAAACACUAAAGGUGUAUGAAAAUGCUUUCCACGUUUUGCACAAAGAACUUCCCGAGGUGACAAAUGAGGUGCUCCAGGAGAUCAAGAGCUGGAUCCUUCAAAGGCUAGAGGCGUCCACAUCAGCUCCAGCAACAACAGAACAGGAAAAAAGUACUUAGGUGGCACUAUCCCCAACAACGCCCUGGCGGACUCUUGUACCCCCCCCCCCCCCCCCCCCCAUAUAAGCCUACUUCCAACUAAGCCUCCAUUCAAGUCACUUCUCAGCUGAGCCUCCACACCAUAGUAACUCCCCUUCUGUAUGGCCUCCAGCUCCGAUUCCAAAGUCACAGGAACCGACGGGGAACUUUGAUGGUGUACGACAACACUUACUGGACAAAGCACAAGAAAGCCACUAAUGCAGCCCAUGGAGCUCAGCUGGGGGUGGAUGCGUAGUGAACGGUGGGGGCCGAUUUCAGACAAAAGUCUCUCGGAAGGAUUUGGGCAUUUAAGUUCUCAGCAAUAAUUUUACAAUGUGCAUCCACCUUUCUCGGAAGCCGACUUCACAGGAACCGCAUUGAGGAAAAGGCUUCCAAAGUCUACAGAAGCGAUCUGCCACCGUAAAGCACAAAGCAAUAUAUGAUAUCGUCCAUAGGAAGAAAAACAAGAAUGUAUAUUUUACCAUUGCUUGUUUUGCUGGCGGACAUCCGGGGGAAAGCGCGGCGACUGUGUUUAAAGAUCAGCUAUGAAGGAAUCCUUUGUACAUAUCCCCUUUUUCCCCUUUUUAAUAGAUUUUAUUACACAUUAUAUAAAAAUAAUAAUAAUUUAAUAUGUUAAUAUAUUUUCUGCCUGCAUAGGACACGGCGGAGAAAAAUGUAGUUUUUUUAGAUUAUUUUUUACAUUCUAGAAAAAGUGAAUUUGUGGCCUUUUUGCCUGCUAACCGCUAAUGUAUGUAAAUUUUUUAUCCGACCAAGACAACACAGUGAUUUUUUUUUGUUGGGUAAUGUGCUUUAGGUUAUCUUUGGCAGUAACAAAAAAAAAAAAA